AUGGCUAAAGCUGGCGGUUCAUUGAGUGAAGGUUUGUACGGAACUAGAUUUCAGUGGAUUAGUAUUCAUGCGAGUAUGUUUAACGAUUUGUAUUUAAAUUUUACUGGUGGUAUUAUUAAAGAUUAUUAUAAUUUUUCCCAAGACUUUAUUGGUUCACAGAAUCUGUUCUAUUUCAAUUCGGAUGUUUAUCAGCGAUAUGUUACACGUUGGCGUUCAGCACCAUACGAUCUGAAAGUGUCCACAAUUCAUCCAAAAGACACUAGUACAUCCAUAUCUGUUAUAGCUAAUUUUGCAUAUGACGCUUGUUUUAUGUUUGCUAAUGCAUUACACCGAAUAAGUGAAGUGAUGCAUUUAAAUCCAAUUGAUGAAGCUAAUCGUGAGAUAUAUUAUCAUUAUUAA